AUGGAACACUUAAGUAUGUAAAAGAUGGAGAAAUUAUAAGAAUGUAAAUACUUUCAUAAACAAAUUUUAAGUGAUAGAAUAUUUGAUUAAACAAAAGAACUUCCAAUACUAACUAAUCUUGAUUAGAUUAAGCAUUUAGUUUUGGAUGGAGAAUUCAAUUAGAAAUAUUAAAGAGUUGGAAAAUGGAGAGUAUUAUGGAAAAAUUAAGUAUUUAAUGCAGGGGGAAAUUAUGAUGAAAAUGGAAGGAAAGAAGGCAGAUGGAUUGAACUAUUUAUUUGAAAACUUUUGGGAGUAUUAAUUUUAUUGAUAAAGAAAUGGUUAAGUUAAAUUUUCUGGUGAAUAUAAGAACAACAAGAGAAAUGGAAGAUGGAACUUUUCCUUUUAAGAUAAAACUAUAUAAUUUUACCAUUAUUUAUGUCACAUCAAAGUGGUGGAGGAGUUUAUGAUGAAAAUGGAGAAAAGACAGGAUUGUGGAUUGAAUUGGAUAAUAGUUUCAGUUGGUAUUAUAUUUGAAUUUAUGUUAUUUAUAGCUUAAGUUAGAUUACUUAUUAUGGAAUAUAUGACAGUGGAAUUAAAUAAGGACAAUGGAUUACAAAAUUUAAAGGUCAAGAAAUGUAAUUCAAAAGUAAUUUUUUAGUGGAGGUGGAUUUUAUGACGAGAAAGAAAAAAAAAUAGGAAAAUGGAUAGAUAUAAGCAAGAAUUUUUAAUAGUAAAAUGUGAUAUUCAUUUUUAGAGAAUCUUAAAUUAUUUAUAGUGGAGAAUAUUAUGAAGGCAGAAGAUGUAAACAAUGGGAUAUCAUGUUUAGAGAAGAAUAGUAGGCAGUAUUUCAAAAAAUGUAAAUUAAUAUAAAUGUUACAUUUGUAAAAAUAAUUUAUUGUGAAUCAAAGUAUGUUGUAAAUUAAUAGAUUUGAUUUUACUUAUAAAUUAUUCCUUUUUGAAGUAAUCCAUUAAUUAUAUAAAUCCAUUAGAACAAUUUAUGUUUUGUAAAUUUGA